UCUCUAUGUUGUGAGGUUAAAUAAUUCAAAAACUGGUUUUGAGACAACUAUUAAAAAAAAUCGAACAUACUAAUUGUAGAUAUGUCCAAAAGGAAACAUGAAAACAAAGAUGUUACUAAUGAAGAGAAAAAAUUAAAACCCAGCGGCCAUUGGACGACGGGUCUCUUAAAAACUAUAGAAGAUCCGAAAUACAUUGUAAGUUCAGACGACUUAGUAACAGUUAUAAAGGAUGUAUACCCUAAAGCGGAAUUUCACUAUUUGAUACUCCCAAAAGAAGACAUAAGUAGUUUGAAAUCUGUGAAAAAGGACCACUUGCAUUUAUUGAAUCACAUGGAAGCUACUGCGAAUAAAUUGGUUGCGGAAGAGAAACACAAACAUAGAAACUUUAAAAUAAGCUAUCACGCCGAGGCCAGUAUGCUUCGACUUCACUUACACGUUAUUAGCGAUGACAUGAACUCUCCCUGCGUAAAAACUAAAAAGCAUUGGAAUAGUUUCAAUACCGACUUCUUUUUAAAAUCGACAGACGUUAUUGAAGGUUUGAAAGAAAACGGAAAAGUUAUUUUACCAAGUAGAGACGAAUGCAAAAAGUAUAUGGAAACGCCCCUGAAAUGUCACAAAUGCGAAUACCUACCAAAGCACAUGCCGGAUUUGAAGAGACAUAUUUUAAAACACGUGGAAAAGUAAUUUUUAUUUAUUGAACGGUAUUUAUUAUUAAACGUUGAUAAAUUUGU